AUCUCCAGCCUACACUCUUCCCUCCGAAAGCAAGAAGGAUGGAUGUUUCCUCUCCUCCCUUCAGCUACAGCUCUCUCAGCUCUGAUUCUGAGGUCUACAACAUCUCGUCGCCCGAAUCUUUAAGUGAAGGAAGGCCGAAGUCGAGGAAGGCACGCUGUAAGAACCCGAGCAAGCAGAGGAGGAAUGCCAGCGAGAAAGAAAAGCUGCGGAUGAGAGAUCUGACCAAAGCGCUCCACAAUUUAAGGACGUUCCUUCCGCCGUUCGUGGCUCCUGCCGGACAAACGCUCACCAAAAUCGAGACGCUGAGACUCGCCAUACGCUACAUCUCCUACCUGUCCUCUCAGCUAGACCUCCAGAUGUCCUACUGCCAGCACACACAGCUCAGAUCUCCUCACCACAGCUCCAUGUCACAUUCCUGGGAAGCAGGAAACCUUGGGAAUAACACAGAAUCCUUCAACUUCCAGCAUAAUAAACCCCCUCACGGUGCUUUUGAUGAAUCCUGGAUGCUCCACGAUGCAGAAGAACACAUCACUCCUCCUCACAGCGACGUCGCCUGCGCUCAGGGACUCUACGAACGUCACAUUACACUCCAGUCAGAAAGCAGGUUUAUCCAAGCAGGAACAGAGCAAAGAGACGGGAUUAAACUGGAAAUUCAUGACUGUGGGGAACUCUUCAGCGCUGACUUCCACUCUCUCAUGAAUCCACAAAUGUCUCUGCCACAGCAGGCCUACGGUAGAGCCGAGCAGCGCGAGAGCACGACAGGACACGACUUCUGGGUCUGA